AUGAGAUUAUCGUAUGAAUGUCUGUUUUCUGUGUUCUUGGUUUUGGCAUACCAUUUAAAGGGCACCAAAGCCACUCCUCCGGCAUGUGUAUUUGAAUGUGUUUCGGUAGUCUCUAAUUCAUGCCCUAAACGUGAAACAGACACUGAAUGUCUUUGUGCUCAGAAGGAUUCUAUUAUUGGAUGCCUCGUUGACAUAUGCAAGCCCCUAGAUUUCUCGGGUGCCAGAGAUCAUAUCAACGAAACAUGUUUGAACCUGAAGGAAGGGAAUCAACAUCGAGAAAAGUGUCAGUUGAGUCAUGAGCAUGACGAUUCGUGUGGGGGUAAUUUGUGGGAUUGUGAGUUGAAUCAUAAGCAUAACAAUACAUGUGCCAGGAAUAAUCCAUGGAAUUGUGAUUUGGAGCACCAACAUAAUGAGUUUUGUGGGAAAAAAGACCCACAAUGUGAACUGAACGAAGAUGGAAUUUGUAGAAAUAAUUCUACCUAUACAGAAAACAAUCUUGAAGUCUCAUUACAGCUUGAAGACUGGAACUCAGAUCCCGAUAAUGAAAGUCUUGAGGAUGUCUCCGAAGAUUCAAGUUCCGAUGAGGAAUCCACUUGUUCUGAUGAAGCAGAUUCCGAUUGUGAUUCUGAGUAUGAUCCGUAUGAAUAUGAACCCUAUGGAUACAGAAAGAGAGAUAUGGACAAGCCCAUAUCUAAGAGCGAAAGACCAUUACUCACCAGGAGCAAAAAGCAACUUGAUAAGCAACUGAGGCCUUCUGCAAAAGCAGCUCAUGCCAACCCAAUAUAUCCCUUCAAAGACAAGAUACCUAUCCAAUCGCUACCAAAACUCAAUAAACUCAAUUCUGUUUCAAACAGUGUUGAAAACUCCCUUGAAUCUCUCCUUUAG